GGCCUGUUCGAUGUCAAUAUGCCGUUGCUAUACGGGGAGGGAGAGAAGGCCUUCUUUAGGCUUCAGGAAGAACUUAUCAAAAAGUCUGACGACGAAUCAAUAUUUUCUUGGGGUUUCGGGGAACCUGCUCGGUUCGUGGGCGGACUGUUCGCCCGAUCUCCCGCCGAUUUCUUUUGUACAUCCACUUGUCAAGCUCAUACCAGAGAACACAUCGCUAUUCCAACAGAUCCUGCACAAAGAGCCAUGGGGGUGGGAAGACAAGAUAGAGUGGGGUGGAGGUCAGCUCAGUGCUUCAUGGAGUAAGGGUGAGUUCGAGCCCAGCAUUCGAUUGAAUGCAGACCAUGCUCUUCCAGCUGUGGUUCUAUCAAUCCUUGGAGGCAUACAAACAUCCAG